AUGUCAUCAAGUUUCAAAACACUUCCAAGUAAUGGUAUAAAUUUCAGCAGAUGCUUCACGAAAGCCAAGUUUGAAAUAGAGGAGGAUGAACCGAAGUGUCAGCCGCCUGUUAAUGCUUUGCAAGUAGCACCACCCGAGGCUAAGAUAAUCAAGAUUGAAUCGGAUGUGCUGAUGCAAACACCUUCUUUGCCUACGUCAACUAACGGAAGUCCUGACAAAGCAAAACAGAAUGAGUUUUCUGUGCUUGUGCCGCAUAUCACAUGUCCUCACUGCACGUUUUCCGGACGUACGUUCGAGUUCAUUGAGAAGCAUCGUCGUCUUCAUCAGACAAUAGCAAAUAUUACUCCGCCAACCCCGAAUACCCCUCCUGCUCCGAUACAUAUGCCGUCGAUGGUGCUUGUACCUGUAUCCAAUGUGCCGACAUCGCUGAUACCUCUCACGAAAACGGCACCUGUAAUAACAGUAUCUCUGAAUACGGUAUCAGGAGGACAAAUAACAAUACCGACAUGCACUCCUCUUCCAAUUUCUUUUGCAUCAGUACUUAAAGAGCAACCAUUGGUUCAACCGCCUGUAGUCGAAACGCCGGCAAAAGUGGAAGAGAAGCCUAAAUGUCCACCACGUCGCUCUGCAACUGAACCUUCUCUGCGAUUUAUCGGGUCAGACGGUGUGAAACGACGUCGUUGCCCGCUUUGUCCGUACGUGUCGAAAUUUUCAUGCGAUAUGCGGUCUCAUAUGGAAAUGCACGCUCUCAAUGCCCGGUUCAAGUGUUCCCAGUGUUCUUACAGCACAAAACGUGCCGUAAGUUUACGAUCUCAUAUCGCACUGCACACCGAGGAUAAUGCCAUGAAGGCGAAGAGAGGAAAACCGAUCAAUAUAGUUGUUCAAAAGGUGCAGAUUGGUGUCAAGCGUGGUCGUGCCGCAUACGGAUUUUACUGUUGUGCUCAUUGUCCAUUCGUGACGAGGAUAUGUGCGGAGCUCUGGAAACAUGCUAGGCGUCAUAUUGGGGCAUCGAAACGAUUCAACUGUUCUCUCUGUUCGUUUUCAUCGGUGAGCCUGGAUGUCAUGGAAGAGCAUCAACUCCUCCAUCCUGAAAGGAGUAGCAUUUAUCCGAGUCUGCUACAGACUUGGUUCGCUGCAGUUCAAAUGAAGGGCGUGCGGGCCGGUGUGUGUCCGUUCAAGACAACUGUCUACCAAAGAAUGUGGAAUCAUAAACAGAAGCACAAAAAGACGGCAAAGUUUGUGUGCAGUAAAUGUACGUUCAGCACUGGAUCAGAGAUGUGUUUGGAGGAUCACAUGAUCGUCCAUAGUGAGCCUAAUAGCGCCAUGGAUACUGGCACUGCGCCCAGUCGUUCGCAAUCCGCAGAUGGCAUCCGAAAGUCAGGCAGCGACGAAGUAACAACACCGGAUUCUCAGAAAGCAUCAAUGCUGGACGAUAGGUAUUCAUUUGCUUAUGAUUUCUUUGGUGGCGGGCUAGCGCACUAG